CAUGUAGAUUCGCCCUGCUGACGGAGACGACGAGCCGUUCCGGUCGUCGAUGUGGCACAGUCAGCACCGCCACAAUGUUUCAUCCCACUCCCAACAUGAAUGCUGCCGCUGAAAUGAACAUAGGUAGUACAUAAACGACCGGUGUGUCAGUGGUCUGGACAUCAGCAACCAUGUCAUGCAGCGAGCAUCCCCCUUGCAGCAGCCUCGUACCGCUGAGAUGACACCUUCGGACUACGAUGCUGACCCCAGCUGGCGCUCGAAACCAGUUACACCCGCGCAGCUUCUUGUCCACGAUUUGUGCCUCGAGGCAUGGCGGCGGGACAUAGGUCCGUUUCUGGAGAUUAACGAGCACUCUACACCCGCUCUUGUACCAGAAGUAGCGGCCAAGACUACUUCGAAAGGCAAUGUGAGAGCGGCAGAAGCGACCCGUAGUCCCAUUGAGAAGCAGAAGUUCAUUUCUCUGCGAGAGAGCAAUGGUUGGACGCGCCUUCUCCGCCUGCGGAAGCGCCAGCGGGACCUUCUGCUUGGGAAUACGGCAAAGCGAUAUUAGUAUUUAUCGUUGUCACCAUCGCCUUUCUGCCCCUCAUUUUCCUCUCGAGAAUUCCCGGCAUGAACACACGAGACAUCAGAAACUUCGAGCAGAGCCAAUGGCUGUUCUGGGCUGUAACCGUCAGCGUCACGGUCGGUGUAGUAGCUGCGGCCCUCUUCCUCGCCUUCUCCGGUGGCAAUAUCGUUGGAAGGAUCACGCAAGCAACUGAAGUUCGACAUCCGGACUCUGCUGAGGCAGACUUUUACUGGAGGUGCUGAGCACACCUUUAGAGAAUAUGGCGCGAACCGAAAGGAUGCUUAUAGCUAAGAACAACAGCCGACAACGAGCCUUUAAAUUGAAGCUGA